GGCCGCACGAGACGGCAAAAGGGGGUGUCGAAGCGUCAGAAGGGAGGUCGUUGGUGUACAUGGUGACGGCAGAGGGUUUGGAAUCGUGUUCAGAGGGGGUUUUAAAGUGGGUUGGAUUGUAUCUGAAAGAUCAGAGGUGGGAAAUGGGUAUAUGUGUGUAAAACAAAACGUGUCAGUUCGAAAAAUAGGUGAAGGUGAAAAAGAAAUGGGCUAGGAGAAGAGAGGACGGUUGUUGUUUCAGACGGUGAAAGGUUGGCAGCGCGAGCUCCUUGAGGAAAUUUUCUUCUGGAAAGUGAAUGGUGGUGGCAGCAGGGGGGCGAGCUGAAACUUGUUUGAUGAAUUUUUACUUGUUCAACGAAAGGAACUGUCCUCGGUCCGCCCGAGCAUGGAGCGUAGCUCGUGAGAGGAUGAGCCAGAAAGGCAGCCCCGUGAAGGCUUAUGACUUUCUGUUGAAAUUCUUACUAGUGGGUGAUAGUGAUGUGGGGAAGGGAGAGAUCCUGGCCAGCCUUCAGGAUGGAGCUAGCGAAUCGCCCUAUGGUUACAACAUGGGUAUUGAUUACAAGACAACAACAAUCCUGUUAGAUGGGCGUCGGGUGAAAUUACAACUCUGGGAUACAUCUGGACAGGGCAGGUUCUGCACCAUCUUCCGUUCCUACUCUCGAGGAGCCCAGGGUGUAAUCUUGGUCUAUGACAUUACAAAUCGUUGGUCAUUUGAUGGUAUCGACAGGUGGAUCAAAGAAAUAGAUGAGCAUGCCCCAGGUGUACCUAAGAUCCUGGUUGGGAAUCGUCUUCACUUGGCCUUUAAGCGGCAGGUAUCAACAGAACAGGCUCAGGCUUAUGCUGAAAGGCAAGGCAUGACAUUCUUUGAAGUUAGCCCUUUGUGCAACUUUAACAUCAUUGAGUCAUUCACAGAACUGGCAAGGAUUGUGUUAAUGCGGCAUGGAAUGGACAGGCUUUGGAGGCCUAACCGUGGUCGACGCUCCAGUGAAAAAUCGUUCCAGCCUGUCCAGUCUUUCUUUACAACUGAAACCUCCAUACCUGCAACAUCCUGUGCUCAGCCUACAAGAUCUCUGCUGCCGAGCCAUUGUUUCAUGCACGCAUGUACAUCUAGUGGACAAAUUGCCCCUUCCUGUUACCUUAAAGAGUCACCUUAAGUCUUUUUCUAUGGCCAAUGGACUGAAUGCCAGGAUGAUGCAUGGACGUUCCUACUCUCUAACUCCUAAUGGUGGCAAACAAAGUAGUCUGAAGAAAUCCAAGAUUAUUCGACCUUCCCAAAGUCCAACACAGAGCUGCAGUCGAAACAGUUGUAAAAUCUCUUAGCUAUGUCCACACGUGGUAAAAGAACAUUGAAUAUCUGAUCACUACAUAUGCCACCUUGACAUGCCAGUGUGUUGGCUAUUCCAGUGAAAGAACUUCUUCAACAACUAGAAAUGAAAAGGGCCCAUAAACUGUUGGUUCAAAGUUUGCACAAGGGAGUAAGAAAUUAUGCUGCUAAUUUUAAAACGUGAUUGUGAAGGGUGUGUUAAUCACAGGUAUCUCGGAUUCUCUGGACUGAUUUGUUUUAAUUGGGGUGGGAGUGAAAGUCUGUUUUAUGGUAGCUCAAUGUCAAAAUAAUGUUUGUCCAUUUUUGUGAGAGCCAGACAACUGAACUAUAUCUGAUUGUUUUAAGUAGAUUGGAGGAAUUAAGCAUGUGAUGUUGCUGAAUAUUUAAAGUUAUACUGGGAAUUGGAAUUUUAAUUGCAAUGUAAACUAUACACUAUUGUUUAAACCAUUCUUAAAUAUUGAAGUCCGGAAAUGAAUCUUCCUGACAGUUGAAGGUCUAUUUCUGGGAAUAUGGCUUGACUUGACAAUUUGCAGCCACCCACAAAACAACCUUCAAAUUUGUAUAUAAAAGUUAUAUGCUGAGAAAUAUUAAGAAUUUGCAUAUUAAUCCAUUUUCAAGUUCCUCUGUUAGUUGUUAACUAUUGUGGAUUAAUACUAAUUCAGUCAUUUGUACAUAUAAUUUUCCUUGUGGAACUAUAAUUUGUUUUGUACAAAACAAAAAAAAACACUAUGAAACUAAGAAGUAUAAUGCUAACGUGAUCAGAAAUGCCAAAGAUGAUGAUGGUAGAAAUGUUAACAAUAUGUGGUCAAAGAUUUCUGAGUUGAGUAUCCAUAAAGUUUUGUAAUUAAAAAACCUUUGGGGGAGAGUUUUUCUGA